CAUUGACUCAAUCAAUUAUAUCAUGCAAAAUGGAUAAUGGUUUGUAUUCCAUCAUGGACCAAACAACCAUUCUAAAACACAAAAAAGGGUUGCAGUUAGUCAAAAACGCUGUACUGUAAUGGGUCUUAAAAAGGGUUCAAAAAAUUAGAGGGAAGGUCCACAAACAGUAGUGAUUAAAAAUUAAUCAUACCAAGUUAAUCCAAAAAUGUGUCUGACAGGUUUCGAAAAAUUAGAGGGAAGGUUGGCCUAAAUGCCCACCAACAUUUAUGAUUAAAAAUAAAUCAUAGUAAGUUAAAAAGAAGACUUCCCAAUUCAUCCUGGUAGAGCAGAGCCUUAGCAGUAUAAACAGUUGUCAGGUAAAGAAGAAGUGGUCGAUCGUCUUCCCGCCUGUAAUGCCGUUUAUGAAGACCACCUAAAAAUGGACAUUUUACUUUUGCAUUUGGGCACCUGUGAGAGUCGAACUCUUGACCUUUAGGAAGCUUAAGGGAGAUCUGAGAAAGGGCAGUUGCAUAAAUUUGAAGAGGAAAGAAAUGUUGAUGUGAGAUGAAUCUAAUGGUUGGAAAGUGGACAUAUGUUUUAGAGCAGUCUUCUUGUUGACUGUUUAGUGGAGGGCUCUAACAUGUUUGAUUGUGAAGUCCAGUCAGCAAGAAAGAGGAGGCUUUGGGGAAAGUAUUAUACUAGGAAAUGUAAUGUGAAGAGAUCAGUUGAUGGACAAAAUGAGUCUUUGUCAACUCCAAAGAAAGUCUCUUUGCCCAGACAAGGUGCAGGGGCAUGUGAAAAUACUUUGGGGGGGCAGUAUUCUACUUCUCUUGUUGAAAGCUUUUUUUCCCAUAACAGGCCUGAUCGGGCCAAAGGGGAUAUUGCAAGCAACAAUUGUGUGUAUGCUGAAAAUGUUUCUUUCUCACAUGAGUUCGAUGCUUUUUGUAUAUGCAGUUCAAAUGUGGGGGAAAGGAAUAGCCCCGUUUCUUAUGUUCUAUCAGAAGGGGAAUCUGCUUCCAAAUCGGAAGUAUAUGGAGUUUUUUGUACUGAGAAUGGGCAGGAGAAUGAACUUGGGGUUAGUAUAGAAAAUGCUGAGUAUAAAAACUACCGCAAUAUUGAAUUUGAGGUUGUUACAGGGAAUGGUGUAGCUCCAGUUGAUCAUAUUGUGGUCAAAGAUGAUACUGUCAAGAGCAAAACCAAGAUACAGAUUGAACUUGGUGGUAUAGGGAAUGUAGCUCAUUUGGAUCAUUCUGCCAUUGGAGAUGCUUUUCAUAUAUGCAGUUCAAAUGUGGGGGAAAGGAAUAGUCCUGUUUCUUAUGGUCUUUCAGAAGGGGAAUCUGCAUCCAAAUCAGAAGUAUAUGGAGUUUUGCGUACUGAGAAUGGGCAGGAGAAUGAACUUGGUGGUAGUAUAGAAAAUGCUGAGUAUAAAAAUUACUGCAAUAUUGAAUUUGAGUUUGUUAAAGGGAAUGUUGUAGCUCCAGUUGAUCAUUUUGUGGUCAGAGAUGAUACUGUCAAGUGCAAAAAUAAGAUACAGAUUGAACUUGGCAGUAUAGGGAAUGUAGUAGCUAAUUUGGAUCAUUCUACCAUUGGAGAUGAUACUGAUGAGUAUAAGUAUGGAGAGAGAACAAUGGGAGGUUCAUUUGAAAAUCCGUGCACAGAAAAUAAGGGACAUAUUCAACUUGGGAAUGCUAUGGUAAAUAAUGUAGUUCUUUCUCAUCUUAUUGCAGUUAGAGAUGAUAAAGCUGAGUGCAUGCUUCAGGAAAAAACAGUGACAGAAUCAAAUGCAAAUUUAUGUAGUGAGAACAAGCAACAGAUUGGACUUGAGGAUGACGUGGGGAAUGUUGUGGCUCAGUCAGAUCGUAUUGUGGUUCAGUCAGAUCAUAUUGUUGUCAGACAUGAUACUGCUCAGCAUAAGCAUGGACAGAGAAUGUUAGCAGAAUCGAUGACAACUUUAAAUGCUCAAAAUAAGACACUUAUUGAAUUUAUGGAUGAUAAAGUUAGUAUAAUAGCUCCAUCUGAUUUUAUUGCAGUCAAAGGUGAUGCUUCUGAGUAUAAGCCUCAGGAGAAAAUAGUAGCAGAUAAAUGUGUAAUCAAAGAUCAAAAUCCGAGACAAGAACAUGCAAUGCAGGUCGAGGUCAUUCCAUCAAAUGUAAAACCAGAUGAAAUUCAGGAUUAUUCAACCAAGUUUCAUGCCACUAGCAAUGCUUGUGGCAGCUGGACAGAAAGCUCUUGUUUGGUUACAGGAAAAUGCACUGGUCUAUUGAAGUACAACAAAGAUUCAGAUGAUUUUCGUCUUCAACAACCAAUUAAUUGCCAUGCUAAUGCAUGCCAACUCAUCGAUCAUGACAGACAAAUAAAGAGAACAGGUCCAAUUUUGAGAAGUAGAAAGAUUUAUUUAGCAACUUCAGUGGUUAAAAAACAUCAAAGAAGGAUAAUGUCUUCAAUGCCUUCUGAAGGGGGGAAAUUGAGAAAAACUACUUUCAUUGGCAAUAGGCUAAAAAAAAAUGCCGUAAAGGGGCUUUUAGAGAAUUAUUUAAAAGAUUGGAUGGACAAAAAUGUGCAGGAAGGAAGUUCUGAAAAUGAACAUUGUUUGCCUUUUCUUGUUAAUGCUCCAAAAAGGGUGGAGUGUUUCCAGUGCAAGGGUUUGGUCAUGCCAGGCAAGGAAGUAAUGUGUGCAAAUAUCAAAUGUCGGCAAGUUUAUCAUUUGGUUUGUGCGAAACAAUUAAAGGGAUCUCAUUGGUUCAAAAAAAGGGAGUUCAGAUGCUCACAUCAUGUGUGUAUGGUUUGUAAUUCUAGACAUGGUUUGUGGCGCUGUGUGAGAUGUCCUGUAGCUGUGCAUAAGGAUUGCUCUCCAUGGCCAGAGGCGAUGGUUUUUUUGAGGGAGAGACCAGGGCCAGUUAUCUGUUGGAGGCACAAUGACGAUUGGAGGUUGGAGCACAAGCGCCAGGAUCGGACAAAUGACAUAAAGGAGGCUUUUCUCAGGCUGCCAGUUCCAUACUUCGUUGAAGACUUCAAAAUUGAGGCACACUUUUGGCGAGAUGUGAUGGGGAAUGAAAAUGAACCACAACCUUAUGUGCAGAUCAGACGCAAUGAUGGUGUUGGCUGCUCAUGUGGGAAGGAUGCAAUUGUAUGUGGUGAAAAUUGUGAAUGCAGAGUGCAGUCAAUGAGUUGUUCAAAGGCAUGUCGGUGUUCGGAAGUAGAACUGUGCACAAACAAGCCUUUCCGUAAAGAGAAGAGGAUCAAAAUUAUUAAGACCAAGUCUUGUGGAUGGGGAGCAGAAGCUGCAGAAGUGAUAAAAAAGGGAGAAUUUGUGAUUGAAUAUGUUGGGGAAGUUAUAAAUGAUGCAUUAUGUGAAGAAAGGCUUUGGGAAAUGAAGCACAGAGGUGUUCACAAUUUUUACAUGUGUGAAAUUGGCAAGGACUUCAUAAUCGACGCUACAUUCAAGGGAAACCAAUCUCGCUUUUUGAACCAUAGUUGUGAUCCAAAUUGUAAACUUGAAAAAUGGAGGGUUGAUGGAGAGACUAGAGUUGGUAUUUUUGCAGCACAAGAUAUAAGGGUUGGUGAGUCACUAACAUAUGAUUACAGGUUUAUACAGUUUGGACCAAAUGUGAAGUGCCAUUGUGGUGCAGCAAAUUGUCAAGGUGAUCUUGGAGAACCAUUUGGAACGAAUGGAGUCAAAACUGGAGGAUCUCGAGCUGUAAUUAGCAAACAAUUUAGGGGUAACAGUGGAAUAGCACUCAAUACACAAUUGUUACAAUGGGGAUCAAAGCGGGCAAGGUCCUCUUGAUAGCGAUUUUUUCCAGAUAUAAAUAUUCCAUGGUUAUUGCUUGAAAUAGAUUAUGGUUUAUUAUUGGGAUGAAUUGGAAGGGAGGAAAAUUGUACAACACGGUGAGUGAAUGGAUUGAUGCAAGGAUGUCUAGUUUGAAUAAUAACUCGAGUAUGGAGUUAUCAAGAGUUAUUUCAGUAAGAUAAUCUAGAAAUUGUAAUCAUAUUGCCUAAUAGGGUGCACACAAUGGAUGAUGGGAAACUUUUGCAAUAUUGUAUUUUACUUCUAGCAUUGGCCUAUUAAAUUUCAAGAAAAACAGUUCUGCCAUCAACAAGAUGCCUUUCUAUGCAUGUGUUUUGUUGUCUGUAAUUAGUAGUUCUCUAUUGAAAAUUUGAAAUAGAGCAAGGGUUUUUUAAAAAUGAAUUAAAUAUUAAUUGUCUGGCUAUACUUGGUUCCUAUUUUGUCUGAAUCGC